AUGAAGUUUCAAUUUGUUACUGCUUUAGCCUUAGCUUCCACAAUGGCCGUUGCUGCCCCAAUCAAUGAUCAACAAGAAGUAUUAGGUGCUGUUGCUGCCACUCGUUCCAAACGUGAAGGUGGCUCUACUGGUGCUGAAUUACAAGAUAAUAAUCAACCUACCGCUGGUUUAUUUGGUGAUGGUAACAGUUUUGGUAACCAAGGUCUCGGUGGAUUCCUUGCUGCUACCGUCGAUUCACUUACUAAAACCAUCGCUAGUCCAAUUAAAGGCAUCUUAGCUCCAGGUGGUGGUAGUGGUGGAAAUGGUGGUAGUGGUGGUAGUGGUGCUGCUGGCGGUGUUGGAAACCUUUUCUCUGGUAUUUUAGGAGGUUUAUAA